AUGGGAGAAAGUCAACAAGAUACAUUUAAAAUCGCAAUAUUUACAGACACACACAUUGGAUAUGAUGAACAAGAUGCUAUAACUGAAAAGGAUUCUUUCAGAGCAUUCAAAGAAUGCGUCCAAAAUGCUCAUAUUCAAAAUGCAGACAUAAUUUUGCAUGCAGGGGACUUCUUUAACGAGCGAAAUCCAUCUAGAUACGCUGUUAUAAAGACAAUGAAAAUAUUAGAUGAGUUCGUCAUUGGCCAAGGAAAUCCACCAGAAAUUUUAUACUCUGAAGGAUUGAGUUCAGAUCCAAACUGGCUUAAUCCUAACAUCAACAUCAAGAUACCUUUCUUCUGCAUGCAUGGAAAUCACGAUGCUCCAAAUGGUCUCGGCUCCACAUCUCCAAUUCAACUUUUAUCAGUCUCCAAGUACUUAAACUUCUUCAAGCCAGUAGAUAUUAAGGAAACUAUUGAACUCCAGCCUAUUGUUUUGAAGCGAGGAACGAUCAGAGUCGUAGUUUACGGAUUAGGUUACAUAUUUGAAGAAAAGUUCAAAGAAGUAGUCAUGGGGAAGAAGCUAAAACUCAUUGCACCCGAAGAAGGUGAGUUUGAACGUACGUAUACCAUUCUAAUGAUCCAUCAAAAUAUGUCAUCAUAUGAUCAUGACAUUGGAGUCAUGGCCACACGACUUUCCGAUGCCAUAUGGAGUGAAACCAAUCCCCACAACGUUGAUUUGGUCAUCUGGGGCCACGAACACGAAAAUUUGAUCCAAAGGAAAAAAUACGGAAAUAUCUAUGUUACACAGCCCGGCAGCACUGUUUAUACACAGUUUAGGAAGAAAAACGCGAUGCAGAGGUCAAUGGCGAUAUUAACAAUUUCUCAAAAUCCUGAUUUUGACAAAUUUGAAGAGAUUAAGCUAGAAAGUCCCAGAACAUUCAUUUACGACAAGAUCGAGAUCGACAACAAAGGUCUCGGUUUUGAAAAUGACAAAUUAAAUUAUAUCAAAGAACAAAUUGACGACAAAUUGUUAGAAUUCAUGGACAAAGAUGGUAAAACAAUACCAAAGCGUCAACGUCCCAUCAUGAGAAUCGAUGUUGAAUCAACUUUGAGUCCUUCAUCACUAAAUUUGAGAGGAUUAGUUGAUGAAUACAAAGAAUUAGUUGCGAAUCCGACGAAAAUGUUCAGAUAUGUUGUUAAAAAGGCAAAUUCCGGAACUAAACAAUCCGAAAAGGCUGAAAAACAGACAUCAUAUAUUUCUGAACAAGAACACAUCAAAAUUGAAGACAUUUUGUCUCAAAAAAUCAGUCCGAGUGAUUUGAAUUUCAUUUCUUUUGAUUCUUUGAAAGAUUCAUUGAUGGAAUACAUAAACUCAGACAAUAUGUCGAAAUCGAAGGCAUUCGAAAACAAUAUAAACGCGGUAUUUAAUGAGAGAAUUAACUACAUCAUAGAACAGUCAAAGAAUAAACAGAAAGAAGUAUAUGAUGCAAAUAAAGCAAAAGAAUUCAUUCUAAACCAAAAAGAAAAUUUGCCAACUGUCAAAAAAGAAAAUAUUGCAGAAAUAAAAGGAAAGAAAAAGACUUCUGCACAACCUUCACCUCAGAAACCUUCCGUACACCAGGAAUCGGAGGAAGAGAAAGAAGUCAUAGAAGAAGAACCAAAGAGAACUGUUGAAAGACCAAAGAGACCAAGAAGAAAAGCUACACAAUAA